AUGAGUUCCAGUGAUGAUACCAAGUCUUACUUGGUUCAGAUGAAUGAGAAUGGUGUUUGCAACAAAACCUCGAUCAAUGGCAAACACUUGAACGGGAAUGGAGUCAUUGGGAAGGGGACUCCCCACGUCAGUGUCAAUGGAAGUUCCUAUCCUGUCAAAGACAAGAGGCGCAGAGAGGCAUGGCGAGUGAAGCCUUCCUUGAUGGCUGAAAACACUCUCAAUCCUAUAAGGGCCAUUGUGGAUGGGAUGCAGCUAUCCCCAAACCCAGAUAAAGCCAUGAUUGCCCUUUCAAUAGGGGAUCCUACUGUUUUUGGAAACCUUCCUCUAGACGAUGCAGUCAUUCAGGCCAUCAAAGAUGCUCUAGACUCACACAAAUACAAUGGCUAUGCUCCUUCUAUAGGUUACUUAAAGAGCCGACAGGCAGUAGCCAACUUCUAUAGCUGUUCUGAGGCUCCUCUUGAAGCAGAAGAUGUUAUUUUGACCAGUGGCUGUAGUCAGGCCAUUGACCUGGUGAUCAGUGUCCUAUGUAAUCCAGGGGACAACAUCCUGGUUCCACGUCCAGGCUUCUCCUUAUAUAAAACUCUGGCUGUUUCUCUUGGCAUCGAGGUCAGGUUCUACAACCUGCUGCCAGAGAAGUCGUGGGAGGUGGAUCUGCAACAUUUGGAGAGCCUGAUCGAUGAAAGGACGUCCCUUUUAAUUGUUACCAAUCCAUCCAAUCCAUGUGGCUCUGUUUUCACCAAGGAACACCAACAGAAGAUCCUAACGGUGGCUUCCAGAAACUGUAUACCUAUCUUAGCAGAUGAAAUCUACAGCAACAUGGUUUUCCCAGGGUGUGACUGCCCCUCCCUGGCAUCUCUCAGUAAUGAUGUACCAAUAAUUUCUUGUGGCGGCCUGGCUAAACGCUGGCUGGUCCCAGGUUGGAGGAUGGGAUGGAUCCUCAUCCACGACAAGAAUAACAUCUUUGGAUCAGAGAUUCGACAAGGCCUCGUCAAGCUGAGCCAACGCAUUCUUGGACCCUGCACUAUCAUCCAGGGUGCACUAGAGGAAAUCUUCAACAACACACAUCAACGUUUCUAUGAUCAUACUAUUGAUUUUCUCAAGUCCAAUGCUGAGAUUUGCUUUAAUGAGCUGUCCACUGUGCCUGGCUUGAAACCCAUCAUGCCCUCAGGAGCCAUGUACUUGAUGGUGGGAAUUGACAUGGACGACUUCCCAGAUUUUCAAAAUGACGUUGACUUUACUGAAAGGCUGGUGACCGAGCAGUCGGUUUUCUGUCUGCCAGCCACGGCUUUUGAGUAUCCAAACUUCUUCCGCAUUGUGGUGACUGUUCCAGAACACAUGAUGGUGGAUGCAUGUGGUCGGAUCAGGGAGUUCUGCCAGCGUCACUAUCGGCCAGGCGACCAAGACAAUCAAGACUUGGAUCAGUGA